AUGGAUCAAGUCAUAGGCGGCGAUCGCCUCCCGCUGGAAACAUGGUUCUGGGAGAUGCCCACAUGCACGCGGUGGUGGACGGCGGCGACGGUUCUGACGAGCGCCCUCGUCCAAUGCCACAUGGUGACUCCAUUCCAGCUAUUCUAUAGCUUCAGAGCCGUCUUUAUCAAGUCACAGUAUUGGCGACUGUUGACGACGUUUCUCUACUUCGGCCCCUUCUCACUCGACCUCCUCUUUCACAUAUACUUCCUACAACGCUAUGCACGACUACUGGAGGAAUCCUCGGGGAGAUCGGCCGCAUAUUUUUCCUGGCUUCUCGUCUAUGCGAUGGCCAGUCUGAUUGUACUGUCGCCGCUGGUUUCCAUGCCAUUCCUCGGCCAUCCGCUGUCUUCCACCCUCGUCUACAUUUGGUCUCGCCGCAACCCCGACACCAGGCUUAGCUUCCUUGGUUUGCUGGUCUUCACGGCGCCCUACCUGCCGUGGGUGCUGAUGGCCUUCAGUCUGUUCAUGCACGGCACCGUACCGAGGGACGAGAUCAUGGGCGUCGUUAUCGGCCACAUCUGGUACUUUUUCAACGACGUCUAUCCACCCUUGCACAACAACUCUAGGCCGUUGGACCCCCCAGGCUGGUGGAGGCGAUUGUUCGAAGGUCGCAGGUCGGAGGACGAUUCCGUCACGGAUGUCAACGACAUCGUGGGUGCAGCAGGAAGGGACAUCGCUGCAGUCAACGCGUGGUAG